UAUUGAUUUUUGUUUUACAGGCAUAUUAUUUGUCAAUAUGUAUUUUUUCUAUAAGCUGGUAUUGUGCUUGAUAUUAUGCACGUCAUUUGUAAAAUCUCAAAAAAAGACAUGUGUGAAACGUGCUCUACUUCAACAUUUGGGAUCUUGCCCAGAACGUGGUUCGCCAUGUAGAGAUACAUGUGGAGGAGAUAAAUUACUGGAUAUAACAACCAGAGAGGAAUGUAAUGAUUAUUCAGAUUGCUGUUACAGGGAUGGAGAAUGUAUACAAUUAUCAACUUCUGAAGAUGACAAUGAUCGAUAUGAAGAAGAUCCAGAUCAUGAAGAAGAGGAAGACAAAUUUGAAAAUGAAUACCAGAGACAUUUCAGAGAUGAUACUCCUACUACUUGUAACACCCACAGAUUUCCAUACAACUGCAGGACAGAAUCGUACACUUCGAAUAAUUUGAAAUGUGCCGUAAAUAUACCAUAUUGCAUGAGGGUCCCGUGCUUCGAUGCAAUUGCACAACAUGAAGUUGAAAAUAGUCAAAUAGCUUGUUUGUCACAUCCUGGAUGUUGUUUUGACGAGGAAUUGAGUAUUCAUCGACGCCAUUUUGGACAGCGAAUAUUGCCUGGUGUUCCUGUUUGUCAUUACGCUAUAAGAAACCAUGUCUUUCAAAAGCACGCUAAAAGAUAUUCAGAUACUUUUGGUGGCUGGAACCCGAUGUUGACGCCGUGCUUGAUUGAAUCCGAGAAAGAGAAUAUCUUUGGUGAUUCACCGGGAUGUUAUAUGGUGACAGUAAUUGAAUACUUUGGACUUCGGGCAAGACAAGCUGGAUGGAAAAACAUCAGUCCUUUGGAUUGUCAUCUUAUCGAUGGAUGUUUUCGACCUGGUAAAGGAUGUGUUUACCCAUUCGACCCUUCGGUUGGAAUAACUCUCAAGGGCAAUGAUCCAUACGCAACUCCGACUGCUUCAAAUGGUUAUGGGUAUGGUAGACCAUUAUCAACUAAUCCAUACGGUAAUCCUUUGCCACCUCCGACAUCUAACAUCCCGUACCAGCGUUACCAGUGUCAAACUUUUAGAAAUUUGAAAGAUCCUCAUUCAUUUCUGUCCACGUACCACCAAUGCUUGUCCUCGGGAUGCUCGUUGGAUGUAUCGGCACACAAUUUAUAUCUACAUCAUUUAUGGAAUGUCAGUCAGACUCUGAGUCCUCGCGGGCGUGAUCCAUACUGGAAAUCGGUGAUGUCAUAUGAAAUCAGAGCAGAUAAUUUCUUAGAUGAGUUACAAAAGUAUAAAGAAGCAUAUGACGAGCCCGAUUACGAUUCUCCAAUUUUCCCUCUCAAUAUCAAUCACAAUUCUCACUCUCCAUUCCCAUCACCAACCCAUUUGCAAUACCAAGCUCCCCCACUUCAUCUUUUCCGACACUUUGCCCAGCAGGCAAACAACGAUAGAUGUCCGUAUGAAAGGCCAAAAGUACCAAAUUUCGCACCCUUGAAAGGCAGCUUCAGUGGAUGCUGCGAAAAGCCACUGUGUUACUUUUCAGCUCAACAGGUGCAGUUAGGCCAGGUCUAUUCGGAGUUGACUUAUUAUUUUUCUGCCUGGAGUGCCUGGAGCAGGUGCACUGCUUCUUGUGGGGGAGGAAAAUAUCGUCGAGUAAGACGAUGUGUAUCGCACAACGAAGUCAUUUCAGGCGCAGACUGUGAAGGGCAGGAAGAAGUAAAGCCAUGUAAUGUUGCGCCAUGUCCACACUGGACAGAUUGGGGUGCGUUUGGAGCGUGUUCAGUUACAUGUGGUGGCGGAGUAAAAACCAGAAGACGGCAUUGCGUGGGGAAAGUAUGCUAUGGGAAAUCGUCUGAGUCGUUACGGUGCAGUGAAACAAUAUGCGAGAAGGCGACGCCUUGGGGCUCGUGGUCCACGUGCUCCACCACGUGUGGAAAAGGACAACAAUCACGGACGCGUGACUGUUUGGAAUUGUGUCCUGACAGCUUCAAAUCUUCUGAAGAGCGGGACUGUUUGUCCUACUGCGGAAAAAUAGUUUGGACCCCGUGGUCAACGUGUAACGAAACAAUUUGCUCAAUGCAAAGCACUGCUUCCUGCGUGCAUGGGAAUUCAACCGGAUAUUGCCGCGGCGGUACCCCUCGUCCAAAGACAACAGCGUGUACCAAAAAACCUUGUUAUUGCAAAAAAUUUCCAAGCCGAUGUCACAGACCGAUAUCGUACAGACCACCUCCUCGUCCUAUUGUGCACAGACCAAUUAUUCAGUACCCAAAUGUUGCGCAAGCUAGAGGAUUCAUUCCACAGCCUGUUGCACAACCACGGUUCGGAACCUUUUAUGGUUGAGUUAGUUUCAUAAUCGCUUACAAUGUAUUAGUCAGUCAGGUUUGAGGAGCUGUGAACGCAGAAGCUGGAAUUAAAUGGACUAUUUUACGCUGCUUGAAAUGAAGGCCAUAUGAUGUUUUGGCUUGUGGUUUUUGUUCAACGACCACAUGCGAUUGGAAAGCUUUUAUUCACAUUUAUUAUGCUACGUCCUCACAACAUUUUCUAUAUUGUACUAGUUUUCAUGUGUACGCAAUUUGAUUAGUUUCGCCUCAGAAAU